UUCUUGAGAGACCCUUCUGAGAUUUAUGUUUGAUUUUUUUAUUUAUUUUUGGUAUGAAUUUGUGAUUUUGUGGUUGAUCUAUAUUUGAGGUGUGAAUAUGAAAUUAGUGAAAAUUUGGUGUUGAGUUGGUGUUUUGCUUAAUGGAUUAAUGUCGGUAUGAGAGUUUUGAAGAGCUUCUCUGUUUGAAUUUCAUGUAUGAGCGGGUUCUUGCAUCUUGAUGGAUUGACAAUAGGUUUCAUAGACCAAUAGAAACAAGAUGGUCAGAGCAUAUUCACAAGAGCAUAUUUACAGGCACCCAUGGGAACGAGUUACUUCUGCAUCCUGGCGCAAGUUCGCUGAUCCUGUGAACAAACGUGUCCUAUCUCACAUCCUUGAGGUUGAUACAUUAGAUCACAAGCUUGAUGCCAACUUAGGCAAGCUUUACACAACUCGUGCCAUCACUAUACAUGCACCUGGGCCAUGGUUUGUUCGCAAAAUCAUUGGUCAAGAUAUAUGCCACUGUAUUGAAUCAACAGUUGUUGAUGCACAAAGUCGGUCAAUGCAACUUUCUACUCGUAACAUCAGUCUCCAAAAUUUUAUUGAGGUAGAGGAGAAAAUUAGAUAUGAUCCACAUCCUGAUAAUCCAAAUUCAUGGACAGUCUGCAAGCAGGAAACUAGUAUUAAGAUUAAGCCUUUGUCUGCACUGGCUUCUAUGGCAGAGAAAAUAGAGCAGAAAUGUGUAGAGAAGUUCCAGUCGAACAGCGCAAAGGGUAGAGAGGUUAUGGAGCGGAUGUGUAAGUACCUUGAAGCUGAAGCCCGUGGCACGACUAAGUUUUGACUAGCUUUACGGCUUCUUUAGUGAGUAGCAUUUCAUUUUUUUUUUCUCUUUAAAACGAGAGGCGGGUUUUCAUUUAACAUUUGUUAGCCAAUUAGUGAGCAAGUUCUUGUGGGAAACACAGGAUGUUGAGGAUAAAAUCCUCUUGUACCUUUUUGUAAACAGCAUUAGAUGUUAAAUCCCCAGACUCAAUAUGUCUGAGUUUGUAAUAAUAAGACCUGAAUUUUCAAUUUCAGUUUUGAAAUUUGAAAUUGAUUCCAGAGCAGCUAAA